GAAUUUGAUGAUUGUCAACAACAACAGCAACAACAAAAAGAUACUCGGUCAUCCAAACAAAAAUCAAUGAAUGUCAUUAACCCAUCUAACAUACUUGUAGCAGCAAUACAAAAACAGCCUCAUCAUCAUCAUCAUCAUCAAGAACAGAAUAAUCAAUGUUUGGCCAAUAAAACACUAAAAUCAAAUGAAAGUUUUCAAAAUUGUAUAAACUGUACAAAUAACAAUAAUAAAAAUAAUAAUAAUCAUCCAACAACAAUUAAAUUAGCAAUACGACGAUCUCAGCAAUUGAAAUUGCCAUCAACAACAACAACCACCGAGAAGGAGAAGCAAAAUAAUUUGUCGAAUUUUUUACGAAAUAAACAAUCAAGAAUCGAUAAUAAUAAUGACGUUGAUGAUGUUGUUGACGCAAAUUCUUUGAUUAAUGGCAGCAGCCAGCAUCAUCGUCAUCAUCAACGAAAAACUCGUGGAAAGAAUAUCGAUUUGAUGAUGAUGAUGACCAACAACAACAACAAUAACAACAACAACAACAUCAUCAACAACAACAACAACAUCAUUUCGAAUAGGAAAACAACAUCUGUCGACAUGAAUGAUUUCGAUAUACUCAAAGUUUUAGGAACUGGCGCCUAUGGAAAGGUAUUUUUAGUACGUAAAAUUGGUGGUGGUCCAGAUAAUGGAAAAUUAUAUGCAAUGAAAGUAUUGAAAAAAUCAUCGGUAAUGCAAAAACAGAAAACAUUGGAACAUACACGUACUGAACGACAGGUUCUUGAAGUGGUACGACGUAGACCAUUUUUUGUUUCAUUGCAUUAUGCAUUUCAAACAGCCACUAAAUUACAUCUUAUUCUUGAUUAUGUUAAUGGUGGUGAACUAUUCACACAUUUAUAUCAACGUGAUUAUUUCACCGAAGAUGCUGUACGUAUUUAUGCAGCCGAAUUAGUAUUAGCAUUGGAAAAUUUACACAAGCUUGGAAUUAUAUAUCGUGAUAUAAAAUUGGAAAAUAUUCUAUUAGAUCAUGAUGGACAUAUCGUAUUGGCCGAUUUUGGUCUUUGUAAACAAUUUCUACCUCAUGAAACUGAUCAACGUACACAUUCGUUUUGUGGAACAAUCGAAUAUAUGGCACCCGAAAUUGUUGGUGGUAAUGGACAUGAUUUUAGUGUUGAUUGGUGGUCAUUCGGUGUUUUAAUCUACGAACUACUUACUGGUGCAUCACCAUUCACCGUUGAUGGUGAACGUAAUACACAACAAGAGAUCUCAAAACGAAUUUUACGUUCACAACCACCGAUACCUAGCCAUUUAUCACCAGAAGUUCGUGAUCUAUUACAGAUGAUAUUGGUUAAAGAUCCGGAUAGACGAUUAGGUGGUGGUAAUCGUGAUGCCGAUGAGAUUAAAAGACAUCCAUUUUUUGUAUCAAUCGAUUGGAAAGCAUUAGCCGAACGACGUGUACCGGCACCAUUUCGUCCAAAUAUUCGUGAUGAAUUAGAUACAAGUAAUUUUGCUGAAGAAUUCACACGUCUUGUACCGAAUGUUUCAUUAUUGAUGGGCAAUGAUCCACCAACAACUCAAAAUAAACAUCAACAGAUUGCCGAUUCGAAUAAUAAUUGUGAUCCUAAUAGCGAGGAUGACGAUGAUGAUCAGGAUGAUCCAUUUGUUGACUAUUCAUAUAUAGCGCCAUCAUUAAUCAUUGAUCAAUCAUCAUCAUCACCAUCAUCAUCGUCGUCAUCAUUAUCAUCGAUUCGUCCACCGAUUUAUCGAUUACAAUCAUAUCAGCAACCAAAACAUCAUCAGCAACAAAUGUCUCAAACACAUCGUGUUCAUAGGCCUGAUAUCUGGAAACUAGUCAAUGAAUGUUCAGAUAUUAGUGGCCACAAUAAUGGCGAUAAACUGAAUGUAUCUAAAACAAAAAAUCAUGAAUUCUUUGAUCAUUAUGAAUUGGUGGGUCCUGGGCGCCGUAAACAAUCACAUCAACAACAACAAUUUUCAUCAUCAUCAACAAAUCAAUAUAAAGAUUUAGGUUGGCUAGGUGAUGGUAGCUAUUCAAUAUGUCAUCGAUGUCGUCAUCGUAAAACGGGUGAACAUUUUGCCGUGAAAAUUGUCUCUAGACAUUGGCGUCGUGAUUCAGAAACCGGAUUAUCAUAUGAUGCAGCAUUGAAUGAACGGUCAUUAUUGCAUGCAUGUCAAGGACAUGGAAACAUUGUACAAUUAAAUGAAGUAUUUCAAGAUGAUAAAUAUAUGUUUAUCGUUUUGGAAUUAUUACCUGGUGGUGAACUAUCAUCACGUAUUCGUCAAUCAACUAAUCGUCGUUUCAAUGAACGUCAAGCAUGGCUUGUAUUUCGUCAGCUUGUUUCCGCUGUACAAUAUCUACAUUCCCGUGGCAUUGUUCAUCGUGACCUGAAACCCGAGAAUGUCCUUUUCAAACAUACCGCCUCCGAAACAUUUGAUGAUGAUAAUGAUGAUGAGGCAGAAAUCAAAUUGGUUGAUUUUGGUUUUGCUCGAUUCAUACCCUCAUCUGGUUAUCGAAUGACAACACCAUGUUGUACAUUAAAUUAUGCUGCACCAGAGGUACUUUUUCAGGCUGUGAUACAAUCUCAGAAUUCAAUGAUUACAUCGAAACGAUCAUGGACAACUACACGUGGAUCAUUUGCUAAUCAUUUAUAUCGUGAUGGAUACGAUAAUAGCUGUGAUCUGUGGAGCCUUGGUGCUGUACUUUAUACGAUGCUCACUGGUCGCGUACCAUUUCAACAAUCAUAUCAUCAUUAUCAACAACAGCAGCACAGAAAUUCUUUGACACAAAAUUCAAAAAAAUCUACUGCUGUCAAUAAUUAUGCAUCAUAUAUAUUGGAACGAAUACUUUCUGGACAAGAAUUGAAUCAUAAUACAAUGUGGAUUAAUAGUCAGGUGAAAAUAUCCGCUCAAUGUAAAUCUGUGAUUAAUGGUCUAUUAACAAUCAAUCCAAAACAACGUUUAACUAUGCAACAAUUAUUGAAACAUCCAUGGAUUAAUGAAAUGAUUGUAAUGGAUCCUUCCAACAUGAGUCCAAGUUGCAAGACAAAUAAAUUCUCAAUAAACGAACAAAAAAAUAUGGCUUCUGCACAAACAAUGACAAUGAUGAUGAUGACUAACACAUCAAAGCAUGUUAGUGUUGAAUCAAUGGAAACAGCGCCAAUCAUAUCGACACAACAACAACAACAACAACAAUCACAAGGUCAUUUAAAAAUGACAUUCAAAAAGAAAAAGACUACAACAACAGCAACGAGUUCAUCAUCAGGAUCUAUAAAUACCACAAAUUCAAUUAUCGAUUCCAAUUCAAUUGUUUUUACACAAAAAACUAAUAAUGAUAAUGAUGAUGAAUCUGCCGAAUUUGAAGUGAUUGAUUUUAGCAUCAAUUCUGGAUCAUCAUCAUCAUCAUCGACCUCAUCAUCAUCAUCAAGUCGACGUUAUGAUUCAGGAAUACAUUCAUUAUCAUCAUCAUCUACUGGAAAUGGUAUGAACAUUAGUGUUGGUAGUAGUGGUCAUCAAGCAUCAUCAUCAUCAUCGUCAUUAUCAUCAACAUAUUCAUCAUCAGCAUCCAUUUCAUCUAAUAAUAAUACAGUUCUAGCUGAUAAUAAUAAAGUUGAAGCAUUUCUAGCUACAUUAUCACCAUCAUCAUCAACGAAUUCGAUCAAGCGUUCAAAACGUCCACGAAAUAAUUGUAAUGAUGAUGAUGAUGAUGACCAUUCAUUUGGGUUAAUGGAUCGUAAUAAUAAUAAUGUUGAAUCAGAUAAUUCAGACAACGAUGAUCAACAAAAACCAUCAUCAACACCACCGAUAAGAAAAAAAAAAUCUAAUCAACUCUAA